AUGCGCGGGAAAGUCGACAAUCAGUGGAGAGAAGUCAUCUACACAAAGCGUGUUGAUACGAAGACCUUCCCUCUUACCAACGGGAUCUUCUCUGGCACCAUCUCGUAUAACCUGAGCCAAGCCGACGCUGCCCUGGAUGCGUUCUGUGAGAUCCAAACUGGAGCGCUGCUCGACGACUCACAGCUCAUGGUCACCUGCAUGGAGAUGGUCAUCCCCGCAAUCAACCUCACUACCAUUGACCUCAACUCUUUCACUGGCAAAGUCAACUUCACAAGUUCUUAUCCCACAGCACUUCAACAUCUGAUUGAUGUGGGCCCCAUUGCAACAAACUUUUCUCGCAACACUCUCACCGCCGAGGCAUCCAAGGCCGUGACACCCGAGUUUUUGGCAGUUUAUACCCAGCGUAUUGGUCGCGGCAUUAUCAACGUGAAGGCGGACCAGGAGCUCUACAAGGAGGUCUCUGAACUAUUCUUCUCUCACUACGCAUCUUCGACUCUUGCUGACCACAUCAUCGGCUUUUCUUGGAACCCCGUCACUCCUCACGCUGUACAAGAGUCUAAUAGAAAGGGCGGCAACACAGGUGGCUGUCAACCAGUCGCAGCGCUCAACCUGAGAACGAGCUGGGGUAACGCCGACGAUGAUGCGGCGGCCCUUCAUAUGGACGCUGACUUCUUGGCCAAGGCCACAGAGCUGGCUCGGAAGCGCGAUGCUCUGAUGCCGAAUCAGUGGAUGAACAACGCUGCCGAGACCGCCGAUGUCAUCAGCACUUACGGAGAGGAGAACGUCAAGAAGAUGAAGGCUGUCUCACAGAAGUACGACAAGGAGGGAACUUUUCAACAUCUUGUGCCUGGCGGUUACAAGCUAGGCGCCUAA